ACAACAAAUGUUUUUCAUUCGAAUUCAACUCUUGUUCACAUUCAUCAUUACUUUAACUGACUGUUUGGUUUUCAUUACAGAACUUGCUGCUGGUCUGUAAAUUGUUAAUGCAUGGUUCACUUGAUCAUGUCAUCUCAGAAUAAUAAUAAUGUCAGGCAGUUGCCGGAGCCGGAGGAUAACUUGUCGGCUGGAGACGAGGUUUCGGUGUAUGUUAACGAGACCCGUGAGUUCGAACCGGUUUCAAAACGGUGGAAAUCAUCGUCUACUAUGACUCAUCAGCAACCGAGACUUGACAAUGAGUUUCUAGUCCCACAAUCUCAAUAUAACCCGCUUAAUGAACCAAGCCCAUUGGGUUUGCGGUUAAGGAAGAGUCCAUCAUUGUUGGAGCUAGCUCAAAAGAGGUUGAACCAAAGCAAUGCUGACAAGGGUGAUUCGUCCACUGAAAAUCCUGAAGCAGAAACCAAGAGAGAUUCGAAGGCAAAAACGCGGGCCAGGGCUUCAAGUUCCAUUGAUAAGUUGAAAGCUUCUCAUUUUCCAGCUUCACUUUUAAGGAUCGGCCGAUGGGAGUAUGUGUCGAAACAUGAAGGCGAUCUAGUGGCAAAAUGUUACUUUUCAAAGCACAAGAUUGUAUGGGAAGUUCUUGAUGGAGGACUAAAGAAAAAGUUUGAAAUCAAUUGGGCUGAUAUCGUGGGCCUGAAGGCAAACUGUGCAGCUAAUGGGCCUGGAGGUUUGACUAUUGUGCUUGAUAAACCACCGCUCUUCUUUAAAGAAAUCAACCCGCAGCCCAGAAAACACACACAGUGGCGGUCCACUGCGGACUUUACAGAUGGAGAAGCAAACACACAAAGGCAACAUUUUCUACAAUGUGAACAAGGCGUGCUAGACAAGCAUUACGAAAAGCUGAUUCAGUGUGACGCGCGACUCAACUUUCUGAGCCAGCAGCAAGACAUCAUUUUAAACUUCCCAUUUGUCUCGCCUCAAACUUCCAUUAAUGAUCAAAAUAUGUCAGCCAACACUGUUUUCAACAUACCAGAAUUCUAUGGUAUUUCACAUAUGGCUUCACCAUCUGCUUUACUUAAUUAUCCACCUAGAACCGUGGAAUCGGGCUCUCUCGGUUUGAUCCAUCAAGAUAAAUCUAAAGAGGCCCAAUCUUCAAGCUCAGGUAUGUCUAUGGACAUUGAUGGGCAAAACGGUAUGAAACAACAACUGUAUGCACCCGGUCUCCAGCCAAACAUGUCAAUAUCUGAUCUUGUAAACCAAAUCGAACACGGUUUUUCCGAGCAAAACACCUCCGGGAAUUUACCAAUUUCCCAUAAUGCCCCUGGGCUGGAUUACCCGAAAGAUACGCUAGAAAACAUUUCACAAAUCCUACUUAGCGACAACCAGUUGACCGCAACUUCAGACGAGAGAACCCUCAUGUCUAGAGUCAAUUCCCUCUGCUGCCUUCUUCAAGAUUACCAAAACGGUCAGCAAAUAGUAAACGACAGUUCUAUCCCUCAUCAAGUCCAAAAUGACGGUUUUACCCCUCAUCAUAAUCUAAUCUCUCCUCAAGGCGGAAAUGACUGUUUUACUCCCAUGCAUGUUAAUUCAACACCAACAGAUAAUCAGAUAAGCAGUUCUACUCCUGGUUCCAGUCAGAUGGCGCCGCAAGAUGGAAAUGACAGUUCUAACCCUGAGUCUAACCAGGAGUCAGGUAUUACAAGAACCGACUCGUUUGCUGAGUUGGUGCAUCAGCUACCGCGCAUAGCGUCUCUCCCCAGGUUCUUGUUUGACAUUUCGGAGAAUGGUGAGAUUUUGAAGUGAUGGGUCUCAUGUUUUUGGGGAUUUAGAAGUGUUGAUAUGAGCAUUCAUGAAAAAUCCCGAGAUCUUUUCGUAUAACAAACCUCUUUGUUUAGUAUGUGCAGUUGG